UAUUAAUUUGAUUGACAUUUAGACAAAAUCAUGAGCAAAUAGUUGACUUACAACAUUGGUUUUAACAUUACUUCUCGUCUAGUUGUGUUCCUUAUCUUUUGCGCAUCCCCCGCUCUCCUCCACCGAACACGCCCAAACUCUCAAUAUCAGCCGUCCAUCACUAGUGUUUUGCUACUGGUGGAUUGCUGUGCUGGGCGCUCCGACUGUAUUUGGAACUCAAAAGCUUCAGCAAGCAUAUUCCUACAGCAGUGUUUUUUCACGGUUCCCUAAAAGCAGAGAGAAGCAGACAGGAUGCAUUUUCCCAUCUAAGAUUUGCACGGGACAGCUCUGAGACUCACCAGCACCUUUUCCUGUAUCGCAGAGGUCCACGUGAUGUGACAGCCUUAUAUAGAUGAAACUACACCUGUCUUCUUGGCGCCAACACUUUUCUCAAUUCGCGCGCGUCCCGUGUGGAAUGGAACCAUCUGAAUGAUUGUUUAGAAUAGUUUGAGACAACAACAUUACCUACCAGAAUAUUUUCUUCACGACUCAGUUUGGGGCAUCUCUUGCGGCAGUGUGUGUUGGUGCUUGAGACGUGAAGCACCUGCUCUAGUCUGCCGGAGGGAGAUUAUUUGGGGACGCUUUUAGAACGCUACGGCAUCUGGUCGGUUCCUGUGCAUUUCAAUGCUUGAGAGGAUAGCCGUGUCCUGUGGAGGAUGCCGAACAGGCUGAAGACGCAGUCCUGAAGAUUGAUGGAGUGCCAUGCUAUUCAAACAGCAGGCGUUGCUGAGACAGAAGCUCUUUGUGCUGGGCAGCCUUGCAAUCGGGAGUCUCCUCUAUCUAGUGGCCAGGGUUGGGAGCUUGAAUAGGCUGCAGCCUAUUUGCCCCAUAGAGAGCAGACUGGGCCCCCCUCACCUGCCGGAGCAGAUCCCCCUCCGGACCCUGCAGUACAAGCGCGGUCUGCUCCACGAGCUUCGCAAGGGCAAUGCCACCAAAGAGCAGAUCCGCCUGCACAACCUGGUGCAGCAGCUGCCCCGGGCCAUCAUCAUCGGGGUGCGCAAGGGGGGCACGCGCGCCCUGCUGGAAAUGCUCAAUCUGCACCCGGCGGUGGUCAAGGCUUCGCAGGAGAUCCACUUCUUUGACAACGACCAGAACUACGCCAGGGGCAUCGACUGGUACAGGGAGAAGAUGCCGUUCUCCUUCCCGCACCAGAUCACCAUUGAGAAGAGCCCGGCCUACUUCAUCACAGAGGAGGUCCCCGAACGCAUCUUCAAGAUGAACUCUUCCAUCAAGCUGCUGAUCAUCGUGCGCGAGCCCACCACCAGAGCUGUGUCGGACUACACACAGGUGCUGGAGGGCAAGGAACGUAAGAACAAGACCUACCACAAGUUUGAGAAGUUGGCCAUUGACGGCAACACGUGCGAGGUGAACACCAAGUAUAAGGCAGUACGGACCAGCAUUUACACCAAGCACUUAGAGCGCUGGCUGAAGUAUUUCCCUGUGGAGCAGUUCCACAUUGUGGACGGGGACCGGCUGAUUACGGACCCACUACCGGAACUGCAGCUGGUUGAGCGCUUCCUGAAACUUCCCUCCAGGAUCAGCCAGUAUAACCUGUACUUCAAUGCCACCAGGGGAUUCUACUGCCUGCGAUUUAACAUUGUCUUUAACAAGUGCCUGGCAGGCAGCAAGGGACGCAUUCACCCCGAGGUGGACCCCUCUGUGGUAGCCAAACUGAGGAGCUUCUUCCACCCGUUCAAUCAGAAGUUUUAUCAAAUCACUGGCAGGACAUUCAACUGGCCCUGACAAACGAAGAGAAGAUGCAGUCCUGUGAAAGUGUGUUAACUGAAGUUGUUCUGUUGCCCAUUUUCAAGAUGUCAAUAUUUAAAAGAUAUUAAAAGCACUUUGAUUUAAUUGAAUACAUAUGAGAACUACAAUGUGACCAAAUAUGUAAUGGAAUCAAUGUUUCUUUGUUUGUGAAUAUGUGAGAUGGGCAGGGGAAAGAUUAUAUGUGAGUUCUGUGAUUUGUUUUCUCCAGAACCUCCUGCGUGAACCUCCAUUUCAACCUCACAGCCAAUCGUGAAUGAAGGGUGUACUCCAACGUGAGAGACAUGAUAUCAUUUUAAAUUAACAUUUUAAGAGACCUUUCUUUCAACGACACGUACAUUUUGCAAAUCUAAAGGCUAUAUCAAGCUAUAUAUGUGAACAUUUUUCAUAUUAAAGCAACAUGCAGUUGCUAGUGAGAGUCCACACAUGUCUUGCAGUGUUCACAGUUUGCUGUCCAAAAAUUCAAUCUCCAAAGGGAACGUACUUUAAAAAAAAGAUUGAUAGAAUUAAUACAAUUAAUAAAUCAUUACAUUUUAAGGCAGUGAAAGGCAACCAAAUAUGAUAGCUGUAAGUGGUGUUAUGAAUUUCACUAGCUACAGUAUGUUUCACUUUUGAAUGCAAGUCAUUCAGUUGUUUCCCUUACUUAGUUUUCAUUUUAUUCUGCAUGUUCAAUGAACAUACCGUUGACAAAGCACUGGCUCUUUAAUGUAGGUGUGUUUAAUUGAUUUCAAUUCAUUCCUAAAAAAUAUUGCUACUUUUAUUGUGUUGUUUUUGUUCUGUUUUCUAACCAUGAAGUGCUUGUAUCUGUAAUAUAACCAAGAUGUCUUUACAUUGGUGAUUCUCAAGAGGGAACGGUGACCGGGCAUUUCUAACAAACUUCUGACUCAGAUGAUGUCCUUAUACUUCAAGCAUUUAAAUGUUGCAAUGGGAUUUGAGUGGUGACUCUGUUCAACUUUUUUUUCAAGUAUUGACAUUGUUUAUCAUUCUCCUUGGCCAAAAGCCAUAGUAAAAAAAGUUUGUUAGUUACUGUCAAAUCAUCUAAUGCUUAUUCUACUACAAUUAACAGAUGUGUCUUAUGUGCAAAUAGCCACUGUGUAUCAUAAGUGUGUCGUUCUGUAACAAAAUAAGGAUUUAAUUAAAAGACCAUUCAAACGUG